AGGGAGCUGAGGCCAGGCGGAGACGGGAGAGGUUGCUUUAACCCACUUGGGGAGGAAACUUGGGUGGGCUGCAGUCAUGGCAUCUAACGAUUAUAGCCAGUCAGCAACACAGAGCUAUGGGGCUUAUCCAACUCCACCCGCACAGGGUUAUUCUCAGCAAACUAGUCAACCCUAUGGGCAGCAGAGCUAUAGUGGUUACGGACAGUCAGCUGAUACUUCUGGAUACGGCCAGAGUAGUUACAGCUCCUCUUAUGGCCAGACUCAAAGCUCUGGCUAUGGCACUCAGUCAACACCACAGGCUUACGGCUCAUCAACAGGAUAUGGCAGCAGCCAGACAUCUCAGACAUCCUAUGGACAACAGUCAUCCUAUCCCAGCUACUCCCAGCAGCCAGCCAGCUCCACCACUGGAAGUUACGGCACCAGCUCUCAAACCUCCAGCUAUGGGCAACCUCAGAGUGGGGGUUAUGGCCAGCAGUCAAGCUAUGGCAGCCAGCAACAGAGUUCCUAUGGACAGCAGCCUUCCUACAACCCACCCCAAAGCUACGGCCAACAGAGUCAGUAUGGCAGUGGCAGUAGCAGCGGAGGAGGUGGUGGUAGUGGAUCUGGUGGCUAUGGCCAAGAUCAGUCCUCCAUGAGUGGAAGUGGUAGUGGAGGUGGUUAUGGCAGCCAGGAUCAAGGCGGAUAUGGGAGCCAGCAGGACCGCAGCCGUGGCCGAGGCAGUGGAGGAGGUGGAGGCGGCGGUGGCUAUGGUAGAGGUGGCUUUGAUCGGAGUGGUGGUAGAGGUGGCAGCCGAGGUGGCCGUGGAGGCAUGGGCGGUGGUGAGCGAGGUGGUGGCUUCAAUAAAUUUGGUGGACCACGGGACCAAGGGUCACGCCACGAUUCUGCUGGUGAGCAGGAUAACUCUGACAACAACACCAUCUUUGUUCAGGGACUUGGUGAAAAUGUAACAAUCGAGUCAGUAGCAGACUACUUCAAGCAGAUUGGUAUCAUCAAGACAAACAAGAAAACUGGACAGCCUAUGAUAAACCUGUACACAGACCGUGAGACAGGAAAACUGAAAGGAGAGGCCACGGUUUCCUUUGACGAUCCUCCAUCUGCAAAGGCUGCUAUUGACUGGUUUGAUGGGAAAGAGUUUUCAGGCAACCCCAUCAAAGUUUCAUUUGCCACCCGGAGGGCAGAUUUUAACCGAGGAGGUGGGAAUGGCCGUGGAGGAAGAGGCCGUGGUGGUAGAGGAGGACCCAUGGGCCGCGGUGGGUUUGGUGGUGGUGGAGGCAGCAGCAACAGUGGCUCUAGUGGCGGCAGCAGGGGUGGCUUCCCCAGUGGAGGAGGAGGCCAGCAGCGUGCAGGAGACUGGAAAUGCCCCAAUCCGACAUGCGAAAACAUGAAUUUCUCAUGGCGUAAUGAAUGCAACCAGUGCAAAGCACCAAAACCAGAUGGACCUGGGGGGCCGCAUAUGGGAGGUGGAUUUGGUGAAGAACGACGUGGGGGCCGGGGAGGCUUUGACCGAGGUGGCUUCCGUGGAGGCAGGGGUGGAGAUCGGGGAGGAUUCCGAGGCGGAAGAGGUGGAGACAGAGGCAGCUUUGGACCAGGAAAAAUGGAUUCCAGAGGGGACCACAGACAGGACCGCCGUGAGAGACCCUAUUGAGCCUGUACAGAAUCCCAGACCAUGUGAAUUUAUAAACUUUUUUAUUUUGUAUGAUGUCCAGCUUCAUUGCAAAUUUGUGUAUCCCUUGUUGGGUUUGUGUACAAACUUUGUAUUCCCUUCUUUUAAUUUUUGUUGACUGUACUUGGAAGUAAUCCCAUACAUUUAAAAACAUGUUUUAGUCAUAUGUGUAUAACUGCGGGGUGGGGUAGGAGACUUGAAUAAUAAAUAUGUUUUCAGUCAAUUCUGAAAAUAACUUGUUUUGGUCUGAGUUCUACAGUAAAUGAUAGCUUUUUAAAA